UGAAGACUUUUAGCUGAACAUACUUCCGGUGAUGGAAAGGGGCGGGGUUUAAAAUAAACGUUAGCUCGCUGGCUAACAUUAGUAGGUGUUGCUGUGUUUUGUGGUGGAGAAUUAUCAACUGAUUAAAGAAAACCAUACAUUUUUUACGGGUACUUUUUCUAUGGGCUCCAAGAGACGACGCAUCGCUUCUCCCUCCAGCAGUGUGAGUGGAGACUUUGACGAUGCCACUUCAUCGACUCCAGCCGGUAGCUGGAAAAGGAAGAGGACUUCUAAUGCCACUGCUGUCGAUCAAAUUGCUAUAUGCAAUGAAUUGUACAACACAGUCAGGGACUACAAAGAUGAGCAGGGAAGGCAAAUCUGUGAGAUGUUUGUGCGUGCUCCAAAAAGAAGGAAUCAGCCGGAUUACUACGAGGUAGUGAGCCAGCCCAUUGACAUGACGAAGAUCCUGCAAAAGCUCAGGACAGAAGAUUACCAAAAUGCGGAGCAGUUCUCUGAAGAUUUUAAGCUACUCAUUAACAAUGCCAAAGCUUACUAUCCGGCUGAGAGUCCGGAGUUCAGGGCUGCAUGUACGCUGUGGGAUUUGUUUUUAGCCACAAAGAGUAGCCUUCUUGGUAGAGGAGAUGCAGAGGAUGAUGAGGACGAAGAGGAAAGUGAAGACGCUGACAACCCUGGGGUCUCUACAGAGGAGGAGAUAUCACCUAACUAUAUUAAGGGGGUCCUAGAGCAGCUGUUGGAGGCUCUUGUGUCUUCUACUGAUCCUUCAGGGAGAUUAGUCAGUGAACUAUUCCAGAAGCUGCCCUCUAAACUGCAAUAUCCAGACUACUAUGCCAUAAUUAAAGAGCCAAUCGAUUUGCGAACCAUAGCUCAGAGGAUACAGAUGGGACAUUAUAAAUCCAUCAGUGCAAUGGCCAAGGACAUUGAUCUUUUAACCAAAAAUGCCAAAGCCUACAAUGAACCCGGAUCACAAGUUUAUAAGGAUGCAAACACUAUCAAGAAGGUCUUUUUGCAGAGAAGGACUGAACUUGAACAGGCAGAACCAACAAAAUCCAGCCUCCGUAUCAGGAAUCGGAGGUCUGCUCAGGGCGAACGUAUGUCUGCUAUUACCAUGUCUCUGCAGCCUGGAUCAGAGAGCGAUGAAGACUCCAUUCUCUCAGGUUCUGUACGGUAUGAUGUCGGGGAGAUGGAGUCUGAAAGUGGGCACACUCGACUAGCUACAGGGGACCCGAUCUUCCAGUUGUACCAAGCUGUCCGAGGGGGCCGUAACACUCAGGGUCAGCUCCUCGCUGAGCCCUUCCUCCAGCUACCUUCACGUAGAGAGUAUCCUGAUUACUUCCAGCAGAUCAAACACCCUAUUUCUCUCCAGCAAAUCAGAGAAAAAAUGCGAAACGGGGAAUACGAGGGAGUCGACCAGAUGGAAUCGGACCUUAACGUUAUGUUUGAGAAUGCUAAACGCUACAACGUCCCCAAUUCUGCCAUUUAUAAGCGUGCUCAAAAAUUACACCAAAUAAUGCAGUUGAAAAGGAGAGAACUUCGAGAUGAUGAUGAAAGAGACAACUUGCUCUCCACCCUGACCCCUGACACAGGAAGUGCUAAGAGAAAAAGUCAUAAGAAAAACACCAAGAAAAACAGGAUGAAAGCGUUGUAUGCAGCAGUGACCGAGGCACGAGAGGCAGGUACAGGCCGACGCCUCUGUGACCUAUUCAUGGUGAAGCCGUUAAAGAAGGACUACCCUGAUUACUACCAGGUUAUCGUUGAGCCCAUGGACCUGCGCACCAUUGAGAGCAAUAUCCGCGCCGAACGCUACGUCAGCGACGACGCUCUCAUGAACGACAUGAAGCUCAUGUUCCGCAACGCUCGCCACUACAACGAGGAAGGCUCUCAGGUUUACAAUGAUGCAAACAUUCUGGAAAAGAUUGUAAAGGAAAAGCAGAAGGAACUUGGACCUUUACCUGAGGAGGAGGAUGUUGGCUCACCCAAACUCAAGCUACGGAGAAGUGGGGGUGCUGCAUCACCCAAGAAGUCCCGUCCACAGUCGUCCCUGCAGCAGAAACUGAGUGAGCUCUAUGAAGCUGUUCGCAGUUUCACAGACAGCCGUGGACGCCGCCUGAGCACGGUGUUUCUGCGGCUCCCGUCACGCUCUGAGCUGCCUGAUUACUAUGCUGCUAUCAAGCGUCCUAUUGACAUGGAGCGUGUGCGCAGCUACAUGGUCCAAGGCCGCUACCAGGACAUAGAUUCGAUGGCUGAGGAUUUCAUCCUCAUGUUCAACAACGCCUGUACAUACAACGAGCCUGAGUCUCUCAUCUACCGCGAUGCACUGCUGCUCCACAGAGCCUUCCUCGAUGCACGCCGCAACCUAGAGAAGGAGGAAGACGAGAAGGAGGAACGAAUGGGAUCUAAGGUGGCCGUAGGCCCACUGGUUUGCGAGCUCAUUCGAAACCUCUUUGUGUCAGUGAUGGGCCAUCAGGACGACGAGGGCCGCUGCUAUAGUGACUCUCUCGCAGAGGUGCCCGCUGUGGACCCUGCCAACUCGGAGGACCCGCCUCUUAACUUGGAGAUAAUCCGCAACAAUGUUGAGCGUGGACGCUAUCGGAGGCUGGAUGUGUUUCAGGAGCAUUUCUUUGAGGUUCUGGAGAAAGCCAGGCGCCUCAACAGAACUGACUCUGAGAUCUUUGAGGAUUCAAUCGAGCUGCAGCAGUUCUUUAUGAAGAUCCGAGAUGAGCUAUGCAAGAAUGGUGAGAUCCUACUCUCCCCAGCACUGAGCUACACUUCCAGACAUCUACAUGCAGAUGUGGAUCAGGAGAAGAGAGAAAAGUUACCUCAGGAAAUAGAGGAAGAUCGACUUAAAGUUGAAGAAGACAGGAAAGAGAAAGAAAAGGCAGAGAGCCUCCAGAACACCUAUAGCCAAGACUGCAGCUUUGAGAACAGCACCUACAGUGUAGGAGACUAUGUGUAUGUGCAGCCAUCUGAAGCCAACCUGCAGCCCCACAUUGUAAGCAUCGAGAAACUAUGGAAAGAUGAGGCUGGUGAGCAGUGGCUGUAUGGCUGUUGGUUUUACCGACCAGGCGAGACCUUCCACCUUGCAACACGCAAGUUCCUGGAAAAGGAAGUUUUCAAGAGUGAUUACUACAACAAAGUUCCUUUCAGUAAGAUACUGGGGAAAUGCAUGGUCGUAUUUGUAAAGGAUUAUUUUAAGCUUCAGCCUGAAGGCUUUAAGCCUGAGGAUGUCUUCGUUUGUGAGUCUCGUUACACAACUAGGACCAAGGCAUUCAAGAAGAUCAAGAUGUGGACAAUCCCACCAAGCUCUGUGAAAUUAAUUACUCGUGAUGUAGCGUUACCUGUAGUCCGAGUUGCGUCGAUGUUUGUCAGUGCUGCAAGUCGGGACCAGGACAAGAUCGCAGACGUUGCUGAUGGCAGCUUCAUUGAAAAAGGAAGGGAGGCAGUUCCUGUAGAAGUGACGAGUGGUGAAUCCGGAUGUCAGUACUACGAACAGCUAUGCUAUAAUAACAUGUGGCUGAAAGUGGGUGAUUGUGUCUACAUCAGAUCGCAUGGAUUGAUACGGCCACGAAUUUGCAGGAUUGAAAAAAUUUGGGAGCAGGAUGGAGUUCCCUUUUUCUUUGGGCCUGUAUUCCUGCACCCUGAAGAGACUGAACAUGAGCCCACAAGGAUGUUCUACCAGCGUGAAGUGUUCCUGAGCAACCUGGAGGAGGCCUCCCCUAUGAUGUGCAUUUUAGGAAAGUGUUUUGUCUCCUCCUUCAAGGACUUUAUUUCCUGUAGACCCACUGAGUUUGUAGAGGAGAAUGUACACGUGUGUGAGAGCCGCUACAUCGAGAGUGAGAGGCAGAUGAAAAAAUUUAAAGGCCUCAAACGAUUUUCCCUUUCAGCCAAAGUGGUAGAUGAUGAGAUCUACUACUUCAGAAAGCCACUUGUGCCUUCCAAGGAGCCAUCUCCCCUCCUGGAUAAAAAGAUUGAAGAGCUAGAGGCCAAAUUUGCAGAUAUUGAAGACCUGGAUGAAGAUCUAGAUGAGAUGGAGGAGGAUGAUGACGAAGCACCAGCAACGCCCUCCAUGACCCCGCAUCAGGCUUCAAUGACUAGCGAUAUGGACCUUCCUAACAUACCAUUGCAGUCCACGCCGAAGAUGAUGAAAGGUCUGUCCAAGAAAGAAGGAGCCAAGCGCAAGAUCAACAUGAGUGGCUACAUUCUGUUUAGCAGCGAGAUGCGUGCUGUCAUCAAGGCGCGGCACCCAGAUUUCUCCUUCGGAGAGCUGAGUCGUCUAGUGGGUACCGAGUGGAGGAAUCUGGAAUCUACUAAGAAGUCAGAGUAUGAAGAGCGGGCAGCUAAACUGGUAGAACAGCAAGAGCGAGAAAGGGCCCUCCAGCAGCAGCAGCAGCAGCAAGCGGCCUCUUCCCCGAGAUCAGGCAUGAUGGGAAAUUAUGGCCCACCCUUCAUGCCUAUGCAGGGUCCUCCUGAUAGCAUGAUGGGUAUGGGUGGCACACCUCCUCACCCCAUGGGGGUGCCCGCGUUGCCACCUCAACACUACUAUGCAUCAGGCAUGGCUGGGUAUCCUGGUAUGCUCCCUCUUGGGGGAAUGGGACCUGGUAUUAAUGGUAUGGCUGGAAGUCCUGGUCCAGGAAACCCUUACGGGCUACAGAUGGGUGCAUAUGGCCCUGGGCAGGUGGCUCCACCUCCAUACCCAGGCCAGAGUCAGUUGGGUCAGUCUGCCCACCAACCACAAGGCGCACCCAUGUUCGUAGCCCCGCCUCCCAGGCCACAGCGCCUCCUGCAUUCAGAAGCAUACCUGAAAUAUAUAGAAGGGCUCAAUGCUGAUUGCCCCACUAUCAGCAAAUGGGACCAGAGUCUUCAGGCUCAAAGGAAAGAUUCUCGCCUCACUAGAGAGCAGGAGAGUCGCCUUCCCUCUCAUUGGCUGAAAAGCAAAGGCGCUCACACCACAAUGGUUGACGCAUUGUGGCGACUGAGAGAUUUAAUGACGAGAGACACUCUUAGCAUCCGCCAAGCGUAUAACCUUUAACCCUUACACUUAAAACCCUGAUACUCAGGACCCCCUAUUUAUGCAAGACGAUACUUCAGCCAAAUCGAAUAUAAUUGUAAAGCAGCUGAUUGUUCAGUAUGUUCCACAGCAAUAAAAAUGUCCGCUUCUUCUUUUUUUUUAUGUAUGUAUAAGAUUUUAGUCAUUUAUAUGGUUUCAUAUUGAUGCACUGGAAUGAUCACAAAUGCAUUAGGUAACUUAUAACUACUGAAAUGAUGGAUAAUCAUGUUCCUGAUGAACUUUUAGGACUGUUUAGAUGAAAUGCUAAUGCUUAGCUAAAUACAUCUGUUACAACUAUCCCAGUUGAAUGGAUGUCUAGAGGAAUCAAACACUGAUUUAAUGGAAAAGAAGUUCUGGCUUUAACCACUUUUAGGUCUUAUUUAUGGUACAAAAUCACAUCAAGUGGACUAACUGUAAAACAGUUGUAUGUUACCAAUAUUUUAUAAUGUGUCAGAAUAAGCUUUGUUUGUCUUUAUUUUAUUGAGAAAUAUUUUGUCAUUUUGUUUGGUAAAAUUAUAAAAAAAAAAAAGUGCUACUUUGUAUUUGUGAGUUGAUUUAUUAUCCCAUAAAUUUUAACAUUCAAAUAAUAAAUUGUUGAUUUGAUUUUAUGAAA